CUGGGGAGACACGCGCUUUCUGCUUUUCUGCUUGGCUGCUGGCUCUGCUCCAGCAUCCCCUCUGUGCCUCUUGUGUGCUCUCCUCCACCCCCACCCACCCCUCCAGCCUAUGCCUCCCCCUGAGGGGUCUGUUGGCCAGCCUGCUUCCCUGGCUGUUGCUGUUGCUACUGCUGCUGGAGCAGUGGAGCUGUUUGACAGUACGCUGCUGCGCCGCUACUGCGCCGCUACUGCGCCGCUACUGCUCUGCCUCGCUUCUCCUCUCUGCCUUUCGCCUCACACUCUGCUUUGCAGGAUAAUCACCAGUGAGUCUGCCAGAGACAGCGACAGAGGACAGGAGGGGAGAGAGGCAGAGAGACAGAGAGCCUGUACUCUUUAUUCAACUGCUGCAUUCUUCAGUCUGUCUUUUCCUCUGUUUUCCUGGGCUGCUUGAGUGCAGUGCAGAGAACAACUGGACGGGAGUGAGCUCCCUGAAGGAAUUUAUCCUCCCCUCUUUGCGCUUCCUCCCUCUGUUCAUUCCUGGGACAGAGUGCAGAAGAGGAGAGAAGAGGGAGGGACUGGGAGCAGGACUUCAGACUCUGCCUUCAGCUGCACGGCUCAGUGUCCCACCUUGCUCCAGAGACGCGUGAGACAAACGCACAGAGACACACGCCUAUUUGCAUAGAUUAGACACAGCUCAGGCUGACCAGACUAGCAGACAGGGGGACAGACUGACAAAAACACACAUUCUGUUAAUACAGAGAGACAGACAAGACCACAGACAGACAGACAGACAGACAGGGGGUGUCAUGGCGUCAGUGGACAGCACCGGUUCAAGUGUCUCUGGUCGGCUGAGAUCAGGGGAUCUACUUCAUGCUGGUCUGGCAGUUGCACUGCUGCUCGGUGUAUGGAGUGUUGGUGGACUGGAGGUCUCAACAGGUAAAGUGUCUUCAGUUGAAGCAAUGAACGGCUCCACAGUUCUGCUGCCCUGCACCUACUCCUCCUGUAUUGGCAUCAAAAACCUUCACUUCAACUGGCACUAUAAUGACAAUGGAACCAUGAUCAAGUUAUGUGCAGCAGAGAUCCCCAUGGAGGGUGUGGAGCCCAGGGUCAGCGUGUACCAUGAACGUGUGGAGUUUGUCGGCUCCUCAAAGAGCAACAACAUCUCCAUCCUGCUGUGGAACAUCACCUUUGAGGAUCAAGGAGAGUACAUCUGUUUCGCCAGAAACCCAAAAGAGAAGAACCGCAACCACAGUGCUACCUUCACUCUAAUAGUCGUGAACCAAAUGAAGGAAGUUGACAAUACUUUGACAGUCAUCAUUGUCUCAGUGCUGGGUGGAGUCAUUGGCUUAGUUAUCAUUGUCAUGGUGAUAAAAGCCUUGGUUGUUCACUUCCUGCUGAAGGAUGAUGAGAAAAAUAAAGAGUGCCUGGUGAGCUCCUCAGGGAAUGACAACACAGAAAAUGGACUUUCAGGAGCCAAAGCUGACAACAAAGGGACACCAAAGGCAUGAGCGAAAUGCAAAGUAUGUCCGUAUGUUUGUAUAUAUGUUAGACAAAUGUACACGCUCAGAGAAAAUGCUGUUAUCAGUGGACUGUUUUAUCUUACUAGCGGCUAACUAAUACAACAUGUAAAUGUCUCUUUUAAAUCAUGCUUGAGAUUUGGGAAGUGUGAAAUGUGCGUAGGCCUGGAUCACUCCCUCACUUACAUGGCAGCCCAUUUGUUACACAGUGUCCAGCCUCUGUUAUCAAAUUCUGCUCUAUAUCUUACUGAACCUCACACUUACUCUACAGAGC